AUGGUUGUUUCGGACAUCUUUAAGCAUGCUGAACUGAAUGAAUAUGGGGCAUUUGGAACAUCGGCGGGUGGCAUACUGCCCAAAUUGGGAUGCACCAACGAUUGUCACCGUAUCGGAGACUCGAUGCUGCCCUUUCGACACCAGAUGCGACAAGACAGACAUCUCGAUGCAACUGGCUGUAAAAUCCAAGCAGGAGAAAUCGGAACCAUCGGGCUUGUUUGUGGGUCCUGUAUCGCAUUGCAGCCAGAUCCAAAACCAUGGGAUUGUACACUGGCAUCGCCUUCAACUCUAAUCACAAACGCAGAUCAGAAAAUCCUGGAUUACGGAACACUAGCAUCAUCCACUUCUCAAAAGAUGACAAACUUGCAUCAGCAGGUCUAUGCUGCACCCGAUUCAUACACUUCAAGCACCAAUCUUACUUCUCAAGGUCUACCAAUGACAUCCCAAGCUCCUUCAUGGGGAUCUACAAACACUAUGGCCUCUUUUAACACGCAAAAUGUCACCAUGGCGCAAUUAACGCAAUCUCAUGGCUCAAAUCAAGUAAACAAGGUGAUUUCACCUGUAAAUCCAGUGUCUGUACCUAAUCUGCUGUCGGGCCCGACCAACGACGUCGCAACACCAUCUACAUUGGAUGUACACGCUGCUGCUCAACGAUACUUUGCAAACCGAACAUCACCACAACCACUAUCAUCGUCUGAUCCUAAGCAUCAAUCUCAAUUGGACGUCAAUUCGAGGAUUGUUUUGCCUUCCACGUCAGACAUCUAUAAAACCAACAUAUAUGACAUACCAGUGCAUCGAUUCACCAGUAAUAUACCGAGUGAGACUCCAUACACGUAUAUGCCAUCAAAGUAUGCUGAGGCUGGAGCUCGAAGGUAUUCAUCUACACAAGAUCCGUCUCCAAUUGUUGCGAGUUACGCUGUACAAGCACCGACACUUACAACAGCACCAUACCAAAACCAAAGUAUAAGUCCACCACCCAGCACCUAUGCCUCUACUGCAUCUUUGGGUCUCGCACCAAAACCAAGUGGUGCACUUCUAUACACACAGGCUCCAUUGGUAGACUCAACCACAGAACGAUAUUACUCACCACCACAAGGAAUAGAAUCAGUCUUACCUUCUACUGUACCAGCAGGAAUAAGGCUUCAGACAGCUCCAGCUCAAUCUGCUUAUGUGACUGGAUCGGCAGGAAUGAUGAAUCAUGUAUCUCCAUUACCCGCUGGAACACCACAUCCUAUGGUACAUGCCAUACCAUAUGGUCAAUCCGCCACAUACGCACCAACUGCGCUACCUCAAGCCAUUACUACUGCUACUAUAGUAUCGUAUAGGCCCACUAUUCCGACACCGGCUGCCACUUUGGUGUAUUCGGCUUCAAUACCGGCACAGUACAAUCCAAAUAUCUGGGGUGCUGAUGCGACUCUCCCACCCUCGUAUCGACCCACCAGUACAGUCAAGUAUGAAAUACCUGUUGGAUCUGGUAACACUGGAAGUUUCCCACCGGUUUACAUGACCGCAGCUGCCAGCAUGACACCUUCCACAUUGGUUUCCACCGAUAUAAAUCCAGCUGUUUAUGCAACAUCAUAUAAUUCUCCAACCGAUGCUGUAUGGUCUCAACCAUCGAAUUGGCCUUAUCUAAACACAUCAGCAACAAACAGUAACCAAACAACACAACCAAUACGGCAACCUAGUGGAUAUAGAGGAUAUUCUAGUCAUGAAUCCAGUCAUUCACAUGAGCCAAUACUGACAACUGCACACUCUACUGAUGGUCUUGGACAAAAUCCUCAUAAUGUAGUCACAAUCCAUAACAAUACCCGAGUCAACAUCAACGGACCAACACAAAUGCCUCCUAUAAUACAAAACCUGUUUGCGCCGCUCGGAAACCCACAAUCACCCAAUCUAAUGCUGGAUCCCAAAACCAAACUACCCAUAUACCAAUCGUCGUCGGGUGGUAGCAGUGGUGAGACCACCUCAUACUAUGAUUCUGAGGAUGGCAAUUAUGAUCAUCAAAAGGCUGGCAUGCAUCGUGAAACGCAUCAUCACCACCACCACCAUCACAACAACUCUGCCAAGAAGAAGCACGUUGAACAGUCAGAAAAGUCUAGUAGCAGUAACAGUAGUGUAAAGGCACUUAUACCAGAGCCAUUGGUCGUGUUGGUUGGUGAUGAUUACAGGAAACGUAAUGAGAGCAAGAGGAAGUACCUCUGUGAUGUCUGUAAGAAGAGGUUUACUAGGCCGAGCUCUUUGAAGACACAUAUGCAUAGUCAUACUGGUGAAAGGCCAUUCGUAUGUCUAUUUGAUAACUGCUCAAAACGAUUCUCGGUCUUAUCCAAUCUCAGGCGGCAUGAGAAAACCUGUACAGUCAAAACACCAUCACAACGGGCUUCAUAUCUCAUCGCCACAUCUACCACGGAUGGAAACGACUCGAGCCCCACCACGAGCAACAGCAACAACAAUAAUAACAGUAGCAACACUGUUGCUGAGAACUUGUUUGAUAGUGGUUACCAGAAUAUGCCAAUGACGGCGUCAUCAAAUGGAUCUAGUGCUACUGGGUCCGGUGAUAACAGUACUGGCAGUCAAGAUUCUGGUGGAGAGGGCACGGAUAGUCUGGACGCUAUGGAUUCUGGUGAAGAGUGA